AGUUCAAAGUGACACCGUCUCGGUUUUGCUUGACCAGUAGCGUAACCGUUACGAGGGAAUCGCGUACGUACAUAUACGUUCCGUUUGUUUUCGAUCGUUUCUCGCCCCACGCUGUCGAAAGCGCAGUGAUAUGACCGACAUUAUGAGACCUGUGUCACCGAUCACACCGGUUCGCUUGGCGACCAUCCAAAAACACGCACGCUGGGAACAGUACAUUAACGCGCUACUGGCAGAUUUGCAGAACACAGUGUCGUCGGAAGGGAAUCAUGUUGGUAGCAACGCGACGCCUGGAUAUGGAUCAUUGAACGGCGCCCGAACCACAGCGUACAGAUCGUACGAUAAUCGAACUUCGCCUCUUCCGGCACAAUCGCCGACUUACCAGAACCGCGAGGCCAUCGAGGAGACCAUCGGGAAAACCGGUGCCGGAGGGAAAAUGCCCUCUUUGAACAACAACCUCUCGGAACUGGACACUCUGCUCCAAGACCUGAGCAAUGCUCGUUACAACGCGCACUACCAAGAAAGAGACAAUCGAGUAUCCUCCGGAGGAACGAAUGGAGAUUCUAGUCCGAUGCUCCGAUCCCCAAGCAGCAUGUCUGCCUCGAGGCCGACCGUGGACUCGUUGCUCGAGGAGCUGAGCACCGCGGUUCCGAACGGCGAUUACACUUCCGACGGAAGGGUUAAGGUUACCAUUCAGGAAACGUCCACGGAGAUCCAGCCCGUCUACGAGGGUUACCCAUCCAGGCAGGGCUCGUUGAAUCGCGCCGAGGUUCAGAGAGGCUACACGAACGGCCACACGGCCAGCAAUGCCACCAAAGAGCUCGACGAUCUGAUGGCUUCUCUGUCCGACUUCAAGAUCAAUAGCGGUUCCCAUCAACAUCAGACGGUGACCGACUCGCCGUACGCGAAGCCAAACAAAGCGACCAAGAGCUCUCAGAGCCCGCUGCCGCCCGAGGGCACGCAGACACGAGUCCACAUCACCGAGACCCACGCCACCCAUCACUAUCAGCACGGAGAGGCAUAUUCACCGCAGCCGGCCGUUCAGACCAAACAGAAUCAGUUGGAUUCUAUGCUAGGUAACCUCCAGGCAGACAUGAGUCGUCAAGGUGUGAACACCACUCAGAAGGGAUGCUGCAACGCCUGCGAGAAGCCGAUCGUCGGACAAGUGAUCACCGCACUGGGGAAAACCUGGCACCCGGAACACUUCACCUGCACUCACUGCAACCAAGAACUUGGCACUCGGAACUUCUUCGAGCGGGAGGGCCAACCGUACUGCGAGCCGGAUUACCACAAUCUGUUCUCGCCCCGUUGCGCUUACUGUAACGGUCCCAUUCUAGACAAAUGCGUGACCGCCCUGGAGAAAACCUGGCACACCGAGCACUUUUUCUGCGCCCAGUGCGGCAAACAGUUCGGCGAGGAGGGAUUCCACGAGAGGGACGGGAAGCCCUACUGCCGGGAGGAUUACUUCGACAUGUUCGCGCCGAAAUGCGGCGGUUGCAAUCGCGCGAUCAUGGAGAACUAUAUAUCCGCCCUGAACAGUCAAUGGCAUCCCGAUUGUUUCGUCUGCAGGGAUUGCAAGAAACCGGUGUCCGGAAAGUCGUUUUACGCGAUGGAGGGCAAACCCGUUUGCCCGAAAUGCGUGGGCGUCGACGACGAGGAAGAGGAGGAGGAGGAGGAAGCAUAAAUGCGACGCGUGAUCUGCGUUCUGCGGGUUGCUUCUCGAUUUCUUAUGUAAAAAUGCCCCCGAUUCAUCCCCCCUCAAUGGUCUCCAUCGAUGCGGAGCCUGUUAUAUGCCCUCCCCCCCUGUCCCCCUAUUUUCUCAACAGGUGUUUAGCCGGUUCAACGGAGGAAUGCAUCGACGAUGGCUUGGUCGUCGUUAGAAUUCCGCUUCGAAAUACGUCGAAUAUCGCACACCCACCGAAAAACACAGAUAGACACAAACGCGCACAGGAUAGAUGUACAGCGUACACAAACCCUUAGGGCAUCGUCGAGAAUCUAUGGUUAUUGGAUCCGCGAACUUUCUUUAAGGAUUUUUCAAAUUGUAAAUCAAGUUACCUCUUUUUUUUUUCUCGUAGUCUAGAACAAUCUCGAUUAAUGGUCGAUCGUAAGAGCUCCGUAAUAGCAGUUUCUAGUAUUGUAUGACGAAUAAAAAAUAAAGAAAAAAAAAAAUGAAAACAAAAACACACACAAAUACAGAA